AGUCCAGUGAAUCUGAGGAAGGUACUCGUGAUAGAGAUAGGACACAAACGAAGUGCUGGAGCCCAGUGCAUCUAUGAAGUUGGCAGAGUGACCACCUGGAAGAAACCGGAAUGAAAAACCUCCCAACCACACCAAGAGAAGCCGCGGAAAGCACUUGAGACUCCCCCACCCGCCCAACGCCGGUCCCACGGAAGUUUUCAGUAUUGCGCAAGCGCCGCGCCUAGCGCGUCAUCUAAGGCGACGGUACAUUCGGACGCAGGCGCGGCUCACACCGCUCUAGUUGCCGGCGCAGGAUCUGUGACGUCACAUGCCGGCGAAGGUGGUCCACGACCGCUGGCCUUCGCUGCUCUCAGGCUGAUUCAGCGUCGGCCGGUCGCCCUCCCGCGCCUGCUGCAGCACGGCCCAGGAGAGCACCGUCGGCCAACCCCACGCGUUACGUUACGUUCACUUCCGUGUCGCAGAUUUCCGGUUACCGCCAUCUUCCUCGCGCGGAAGCCGGCUUCUAGGUGGGAGCUCCGUAGCGAGAGCAGUGGGUAGUUCGGUCGGUGCCAUGCCGUCAUCGCCGCUGCGGGUGGCGGUGGUGUGCUCGAGUAACCAGAAUCGGAGCAUGGAAGCACACAACAUCCUCAGCAAGCGAGGUUUCAGUGUCCGCUCCUUUGGAACAGGAACUCAUGUGAAGCUCCCAGGACCAGCACCUGACAAGCCCAAUGUUUACGACUUCAAAACCACAUAUGACCAGAUGUACAAUGAUCUCCUCAGGAAAGACAAAGAACUCUAUACACAAAAUGGAAUUUUACAUAUGUUGGACAGAAAUAAAAGGAUCAAGCCCCGUCCAGAAAGGUUCCAGAACUGCAAGGACCUGUUUGACUUGAUCCUCACUUGUGAAGAGAGAGUCUAUGACCAGGUUGUAGAAGAUCUGAACUCCAGAGAACAGGAGACCUGCCAGCCAGUGCAUGUGGUCAAUGUGGACAUCCAGGACAACCAUGAAGAGGCCACUCUGGGAGCAUUCCUUAUCUGCGAGCUCUGCCAGUGUAUCCAGCACACUGAGGACAUGGAGAAUGAAAUCGACGAGCUGCUGCAGGAGUUCGAGGAGAAGAGUGGCCGGGCCUUUCUGCAUACUGUCUGCUUCUACUGAGCCACCUGUGCUUGGUGCAUGGCCUGCCCUGCACAGCCACCUUUGUUGAAGCCACUUUUUCAGUGUGUUUUCCUUUCUGAUAUUUGUUUUUACUGCUAGGUGUACAUCAUCAAUGUACUGUACAUACGGAAUGAGACGUACACAGAAAUGCCAGAUUCAAAUCCAUUGUUUUUAACCAAAAGAAAUAAAGAUGGUUUACUCUACAGCCUACAGCAAGUGUCUGUUGUUGGCCCUUUUCUCUCCACUGCUGAAUUGUACAAAAACCUAAAUAAAGCAACAGGCUGUCUUAUUAAGGGGAAAAAAAAA